ACUAAGUGACUUGAUUCUGAAAGAGCAAAUUUGUAAAACUAAGAAACGAAAAUGGUAGCCACCCAUAGUUGCAAAGUCUUAACAGCCAGAGCUAUUCUGUCCCGUCUCCACAUCUUUUUUCAUGCAUUGGCCAUUCUUGCUUUGUUCUACUACCGUUUUACAUCUUUGUUCACAACAACCAGCAGCUUGGCCCGACUUACAUGGGCAUUGCUUGUCAUCGCUGAGCUUAUUUUGACCUUUAUAUGGGGGUUUGCUCAGGGCUUCCGAUGGCGCUCUGUUUUAAGGGAUGUAUCAGGCUGGGAGUCUAUAAAGCCCCAUCAACUUCCUGGGUUGGACGUCUUUAUAGUAACGGCGGAUCCAACCAAGGAGCCAGUAUUGGAGGUGAUGAACUCAGUCAUCUCAGCCAUGGCUCUUGAUUACCCACCAGAUAAGUUGGCGGUUUACUUGUCGGAUGACGGAGGUUCACCUUUAACCAAGGAAGCUAUUAGAGAAGCUUUCCAAGUUGCUAAGCUUUGGAUUCCAUUUUGUAAUAAGUAUGGGAUUAAAACCAGAAUUCCUGAAUUUUUUUUCAGUCCGUCUUGUGAUCGGGAAAGGCUUGAUUGGGAUCAUGACUACAAAGCCCAAGAAUUGUUGAUCAAGUCAAAAUAUGAAGCUUUGAAGAAAAAUAUUGAGAAAGGAAGUGGAGAUACCAGCAAAUGUAGAAUGGUGCACGACCGCGCCCCUUACGUUGAGAUUGUAAACGACAACAAGCAGGAUGGAGAAAGUGAAGCUGUGCUGCCUCUUUUGGUUUACGUAGCAAGGGAAAAGAGACCAAGUCAUCCUCAUCGAUUCAAAGCUGGAGCACUUAAUGCUCUUCUUCGAGUGUCGAGUCUAAUGAGCAAUGGAUCUUACAUACUGAUAUUAGACUGUGAUAUGUAUUGCAAUGAUCCAACCUCUGCUCGUCAAUCAAUGUGUUUUCACCUUGACCCGAACAUGUCUCCAUCUCUUGCAUUUGUGUUAUACCCUCAAACUUUUUACAAUGCUAGCAGAAGCAAUGACAUAUAUGAUGGCCAAGCAAGAUCAGCUACUAAGACAAAAUGGCAAGCCAUGGAUGGUCUUAGGGGACCUGUCAUGACUGGAACUGGGUAUUACUUGAAGAGGAAAGCAUUAUUUGGAAGGCCUAACCGAGAAGAUGAAUUCCUCACGAGUCAACCAGAAAAGGCAUUUGGUUCAUCCACAAAAUUCAUUGAUUCGCUACAUCAUAACUCCAAGCAGAACAUUGAAUUAAAGCAGAUGAACAAAGAUGAGUUGUUAGAAGAGGCUAGAAGAUUGGCUACUUGCACAUAUGAAUCAAACACACUCUGGGGUGAUAAGAUUGGAUUCUCGUACGAGUGCUUGCUGGAGAGUACAUUCACCGGAUACCUUUUACAUUGCCGAGGAUGGAAAUCUGUGUAUCUGAACCCAACAAGACCAUGCUUCUUGGGAGUAACCACAAUUGACAUGAAGGAUACAAUGGUUCAACUAGUGAAAUGGACAUCUGGAUUACUUGGAGUAGGCAUCUCCAAGUAUAGCCCUAUAACUUAUGCCAUGUCCAGAAUGUCUGUUUUGCAAAGCAUGUGUUAUGCGUACCUCACAUUGUCUGGGCUUUUCGGAUUUCCAUUUGUGAUUUACGGUAUUGUUGUUCCAAUGUGCUCAUUGAAGGGUAUUCCGGUUUUUCCAAAGAUAAGUGACCCAUGGAUUGCGCCUUUUGUGGUAGUGUUUGUAUCUUCUCUAGUUCAACAUCUAUAUGAGGUUCUGUCAGGAGGUGAUUCAGUUAGAACAUGGUGGAAUGAGGUUAGAAUAUGGUUUGUAAAAGGAGUAGGUGCAUGCUUAUUUGGAUCAAUUGAAGCAAUAAUGAAGAAAAUGGGGAAACAAAAGACUACUUUCAGAUUAACAAAUAAAGUGGUGGAGAAGGAAAAGCUGGACAACUACGAGAAGGGGAAGUUCGAUUUACAAGGGGCGGAUAUGUUCAUGGUUCCUGUUGGCAUUUUGGUCACACUUAAUUUGUUGGGUUUUAUUGGGUGUCUAUACAGGGUAAUAAUCUACCACAAUUAUCAAGAAUUGUUUGCCCAACUUUUCCUCUCCUUCUUUCUACUUGUACUUAGCCGCUCUAUUAUCGAGAGUAUAGCAAAAAAGGUUCUUUUUUUUUAAAUGAAAACCCAGAAAACAAAACAGAGGUACUUUAAAUUGAUACAAUAAACUCCACUUUUUCUGAAUUUUGAAUCCUUCCAUUUUGUUGAUGUAAUACCAGCUAGUUUUGUAGAAUUAUUUGCAGUCUAAAUUACUCAUCUUUUGUGUUCUUUUUGAGAAAUAAAUAUACUCUAUAUUCUGCAACUUCUGCCAAACUUUCUAUUGUGAAUAUAAGGAAACUCUUAUACAAGCUCACUCUUUAGAGAUCUUUAAAGGUCAUAAGGGUUCUCAAGAAAGGGAGAAGGAGUAAGAUCUCCCCUUCGUAAGCACUAUACUCACUCUUUAUGGUUUGGAUUUAAUACAAAUUCAAGUCAAACUAAAUUAAAUUUUGUUUUAAUUUUUUUUAGUUCAAAUCCUAAUUAUAUUUUUUAUAAUUCAAUUUGAACUGUAUCGAUUUAUUAAAUGUCAAUCUAAAUUGAACCGAUUAAA